AUGCGUGUUUCACCUUCUGUAAACAAGAUGUCACCUGGGGUGAUGGAGAUGGUCCUGAAAUUCCCUCGUGGAAUGAAAUCAGCUACUAUAACCUUAGAAUUUGAUAAGGGUUUUUUGCAUAUUGAUGAAUAUCCUCCAGAUGCCAAUCAGGGAUUUGAUAUUCCAUCAGCCAUAAUAAGCUUUCCUAAUUUCCAUACAAGCAUGCAGUUUUUUAUGGAUAAAUCUGUGGAGAAGUCCUCCAUCUUAUCCAAAUUCCAGGAAAACAGCGAUGUUUUGACAUACACAGUAGUAUUACUUGUACCGUUGGCAACUCCUGAUUUUAGCAUGCCUUGUCAAGUUAUGUCCGCUUAUAGGAUGGGAUAA